GAGCUCCCAGAAAAUAAAGCACACUUUCAUUUUCGUUUUUUCUGCUGAGUAACUGUGAGUUUUUUCCGUGUUCUGCACGGCAUCGAGUUACACAGUUAAAGGGGUUUAUUCUUCUUUUCUGUCAUCGUUUUGUCGAAGCUGAGUAUUUUAUAACUUUAAUAAAAUAACUUUCUGAAUCAACAUGGCUUCUCUUGAUAUUCGCCUCGAAUCGAAAAAACAGGUGGAUGACUUCUGUCAAAAGCUCUCAAAGGAGGCGGAAGAACUGGUUUCCAAAUUUUUCCCUCAAAAGAUUGAACAGCUGCAGAUGCUGCUGAAGACAUCUUUCAGUUGUGAUGACCUGGCAUCUUUGAAGGCUCCACUGGACAUCCCGAUUCCAGAUCCAGCAAAGGAGGAGGCAAAACGCAAGAAGAAGGAGGAGAAGGAGGCUAAGGAGGGUAAGAAAGACAAGGACAGCGAUAAAGAGGAAGAGGAUUCAGGGCCUCCUUGUGGUCCCAUCUGUAGCAACGAGCGAGUGGAGAGCCUCCUUCGAGAGGUCAAACCUGAGAUCCAGACGCUGAAGGAGAAGCUCAACACGGUGUCGAUGUGGGUACAACUCCAGAUUCCUAAAAUUGAAGAUGGGAACAAUUUUGGAGUGGCUGUACAGGAGAAAGUGUUUGAGCUGCUGACGAACACUCGCACCAAGAUCGAGGCUUUCCAGACUCAGCUAUCAAAGUAUUACAGUGAGAGAGGUGAUGCUGUGGCCAAGGCCUCCAAACAACCUCACGUGGGAGACUACAGACAGCUGGUUCAUGAGCUGGACCUGCAUCAGUACUGCGAGCUCCGCCUUGUGGUCCUGGACAUCCGCAACACAUAUGCUGUGCUGUUCGACAUCAUUAACAAGAACUACGACAAGAUUAAGAAGCCCAGAGGAGACGGGAAAGCUCUCAUCUACUGAGACCAGAGCUGGGUUUUUCUUUAAGAAGCUACAGCUAGCGUAGUAUGACACUGAUCAUGUAACGAUACACCUGCUCCGACAAAAAAAUAACAUUUUCUUACUUUGCAUGCAUUUUGGUUCAGAUUACUAAAUAAAGCAUCAUGAUUCCUUGAAGUCUA